CAAUGUUUUUGGUAUAAUUGGGAUUUUCUGUUAUUCUGCAUGCGGGACAUUCAUGUUCAAGUCUUGACAUCACCCUGUGAAGUGAGAAGAAUGAGCCGUGUGGAGGGUCUGAGGGCCGACUCGUCUCAGUUCACCCUGGAGGGAGAGCCCUUCCGCAUCUUGGGGGGCUCCAUCCAUUACUUCCGUGUCCCCAGAGCCUACUGGGAGGACCGUCUGCUGAAGAUGAAGGCCUGUGGCCUCAAUACUCUCACGACAUAUGUGCCAUGGAAUCUGCACGAGCCUGAGAAAGGAUCAUUCAGCUUUCAGGAUCAGCUUGACCUCAAGGCCUAUGUCAGUUUAGCAGCAGAGAUGGGUCUGUGGGUGAUCUUGCGUCCUGGACCUUACAUCUGCGCUGAAUGGGACUUGGGCGGGUUGCCUAGCUGGCUGUUACAAGAUGAAAACAUGCAGUUGAGGACGACCUAUCCUGGAUUUGUUACUGCUGUCAACCUCUACUUUGACAAGCUUGUCUCAAUUAUCAAACCUCUGAUGUUUGAGGAGGGCGGCCCAAUCAUUGCAGUUCAAGUUGAGAAUGAGUAUGGAUCAUAUGCCAAAGAUGAGAAAUACCUGCCAUUUAUAAAGAAUUGUCUUCAGUCUAGAGGGAUCAAGGAGCUCCUGCUGACUUCAGACAACUGGGAGGGCCUGAGAUGUGGAGGGAUGGAGGGAGUUUUGAAAACAAUAAACCUGCAGAGACUAUCAUUCGGAGCUAUCCAGCACUUAGCUGACAUGCAGCCCCAGAAACCUCUAAUGGUGAUGGAGUACUGGUCCGGCUGGUUUGACGUCUGGGGAGAACAUCACCAUGUGUUCCAUGCUGAGGAUAUGCUUGCUGUUGUGUCAGAGAUCCUGGAGAGAGGUGUCUCCAUUAAUCUGUACAUGUUCCACGGGGGAACCAGCUUUGGCUUCAUGAAUGGUGCAAUGGACUUUGGCACCUACAAACCACAGGUCACCAGUUAUGAUUACGAUGCUCCGCUCUCUGAGGCUGGAGAUUGCACCCUAAAAUAUCAACUCUUGAGAAAUCUAUUCAGCCAGUACCACACUGAGCCUCUUCCUGAAGUACCCUCUCCUCAGGAGAGGAGAGAGUACCACCCUGUUGCCAUCCAGGAGCACCUGUCACUGUGGGACAGCCUGCACUUCACCGACAAGCCAUACAGGUCAGAGACGCCGGUGAACAUGGAGAAUCUCCCUGUCAACAAUAACAAUGGUCAGUCAUACGGUUACACUCUGUAUGAAACCACCAUCAACAGUGGAGGAACCCUCAACUCAAGGAACAAUAUCAGAGACAGAGCGCUGGUUUUUGUGGACAGGAAAUGUGUUGGUAGUUUCGACCACAGGACCCAUGAGCUGGCACUCCCUGAUGAAAAGGGGGAGAAGACAUUGAGCUUGCUUGUGGAGAACUGUGGAAGAGUGAAUUAUGGGAAAGCUCUGGAUGAACAGCGUAAAGGUAUUGUGGGAGACAUCCUGUUGAAUCACACCCCUCUGAGAGGAUUUACCAUCUUCUGUUUAGAUAUGAAGCCAGGCUUUAUUAAAAGAUUAAUGAGCUCAGGUCAGUGGAAGUCUGACUUCAAGUCAUCCGUUCCAGGAUUUUUCCGUGCCCGACUAAAUGUGGAUGGCCCUCCCAGAGACACCUUCAUCAGGCUCCCUGGUUGGGGUAAAGGAGCUGUGUUUGUCAAUGGGCAGAACCUUGGACGCCAUUGGUUCAUUGGCCCACAGCAUUUCCUCUAUCUCCCAGGACCUUGGCUCAGAAGUGGAGAGAAUCAGAUUAUUGUUUUCGAGGAACAAAAAGCGGAUGACAAAAUACUGUUUGCUGAAAACCCAGAUCAUGGAAAGACAACUGAUGUUUACAAACUCCCCUUUUGCACUCUGCUGUGACAAUAAUGUACAGGAACAAAACAUGCACUUUUACACACACACACACACACACACACACACACGCACACACACAUACACACGAGGGGACAAUUUAUUGAUACCCAGGGUGAUGUCAAUAUUUAAAGCUAUUAAU